CGGGGUGGGGGGCUGGGAGCGGGCGGGCCCCUCCGCCCGGGCGCCCCUCCCGCCCUCGCCGUCCCACAGAGUUCGUAGAGCUGUGCCCGGGCUCUCAGCUCUGCCUGCUACCAGCAACAGCGCUCAGGUCCCCGCCUCCCCGCGCCGCCUUCGCGAUGAGGGUCCUGGGUGGGCGCUGCGGGGCCCUGCUGGCGUGCCUAGCCCUAGUGCUUCCCGUCUCCGAGGCGAACUUUUUGUCAAAGCAACGUGCUUCACAAGUCCUGGUUAGGAAACGUCGUGCAAAUUCUUUGCUUGAAGAAACCAAAAAAGGUAAUCUUGAAAGAGAAUGCAUUGAAGAAUUGUGUAAUAAAGAAGAAGCCAGGGAGGUAUUUGAGAACAAUCCUGAAACGGAUUAUUUUUAUCCAAAAUACCUAGCUUGUCUUGGUUCUUUCCGAGCUGGAUUAUUCACUGCUGCACGUCUGUCCACUAAUGGAUACCCUGAUUUAAGGAGCUGUAUCAAUGCUAUUCCAGACCAGUGUAAUCCUCUACCAUGCAACAAAGAUGGGUAUAUGAGCUGCAAAGAUGGCCAAGCUACAUUCACUUGCAUUUGUAAACCAGGCUGGGAAGGAAGGAUGUGUGAAUUUGAUAUAAAUGAAUGCAAAGAUCCCUUAAAUGUAAAUGGAGGUUGCAGCCAGAUUUGUGGUAAUACACCUGGAAGUUACCAUUGUUCCUGUAGAAGUGGUUUUGAUUUGGUUUCAAAUAAAAAAGACUGCAGAGAUGUGGAUGAAUGUUCUAGGAAGCCAAAUGUUUGUGGCAAAGCUGUGUGCAAGAACACCCCAGGAGAGUAUGAAUGUGAAUGCCCUGAAGGCUACAGAUACAAUCCCAAAGCAGAGGCUUGUACAGAUAUAGAUGAAUGUUCUGAGAAUAUGUGUGCUCAACUUUGUAUCAAUUAUCCCGGAGGAUAUUCUUGUUACUGUGAUGGGAAGAAAGGAUUCAAACUUGGCCAAGAUCAGAAGAGCUGUGAGGCUAUUCCAGUGUGUCUUCCCUUGAACCUUGACAAAAAUUAUGAAUUACUUUACUUGGCAGAGCAGUUUGCAGGGGUUGUUUUAUAUUUAAAAUUUAAUUUGCCAGAAACUAACAGAUUUUCAGCUAAGUUUGAUUUCCGGACAUAUGAUUCAGAAGGUGUUAUAUUGUGUGCAGAAUCUCUUGACCACUCAGCUUGGCUUCUGAUUGCUCUUCGUGAAGGAAAGCUUGAAAUUCAGCUUAAGAAUGAAUUUACAACUCAGAUCACAACUGGAGGUGCUGUUAUUAAUAAUGGUGCAUGGAAUAUGGUGUCUGUAGAAGAAUUAGAAGAUAGUAUUAGUAUUAAAAUAGCUAAAGAGGCUGUGAUGAAUAUAAAUAAACCUGCAAGCCUUUUUAAACCAACAAAUGGAUUUGUGGAAACAAAAAUAUACUUUGCAGGAUUACCUCGGAAAGUGGAAAAUGCACUCAUUAGACCGAUUAACCCUCGUCUGGAUGGCUGCAUACGAAGCUGGAAUUUGAUGAAUCAAGGAGCUUUAGGUGCAAAGGAAGUUAUUCAAGAAAAACAAAAUAAACAUUGCCUUGUCAUUGUGGAGAAGGGUUCCUAUUAUCCUGGAUCUGGAAUUGCUCGGUUUAGUAUAGAUUAUAGAUAUUCUAGUAUCUGUUGAAAACACAGUAGUAAGUCGAAUCGAGGCUGUAAGUCUGUGUUCCAGUCAACAAUCCCAACUGGUAGUUGGAGUCAACAGAAACAAACUGGACCUGUGGACUCCACUUAAAAAAGAUACCACCUACUCUGAAGACCUUCAAAGGCAGCUUGCCAUCUUGGAUGAAGCAAUGAAAGGAACAGUUGCCACUUACCUGGGUGGCAUUCCAGAUAUUCCAUUCAGUGUUACGCCAGUGAAUGCCUUUUAUAAGGGCUGCAUGGAAGUGAAUGUCAAUGGUGUACAGUUGGAUCUGGAUGAAGCCAUUUCUAAACAUAAUGAUAUUAGAGCUCACUCAUGUCCAUCUGUUUGGAAUAACACAGAAAGUUCUUAAGGCAUCUUUUUAUCUGCUGAUAACAUUUUUUUUCACCUUUGUUUGCCUAUGUUUCUGUAACAUCUGGGAGGUUUUAUCUAUGAUGUGAAGUCUUUGAUUAUUUUGUGGUACUUUCAGCUUUUUGGAAUUUUUAAAAGCUCUAAUAGAAAAAGAAUUCUGCUCUAAUAUUUAAAAAUUUCUUUUGUUGCUCUUUAGAAAUUAAAUAAGGGAACAAAAAUUUUAAAUUUAAAUUUUUUGCUACAAAAUUACAUUGUUUUAGUUUUUGUUUGAAAAUGUAAAUUUUAAUUUCACUAACAUUGGACUAGUAUUUUAAAUAUCUAUUUUUCUCAGAAGGCAAAUCAGUAAAGCCGAACAAAAGCUCAUGUGAUUAAAUACUAUUGAUGAUAGGCAGAUACUUUUAUUUUGUUGAUGCUACUCUUUUGUGAUGAAGGCAGAAGAGAUGGUGGAUUAUUGAAUGUGAAUUGAAUGGAAAGUCUUAAAGCUUUAUUCCAAAAUAAUUUGUCAAGAGGAAUAACUUUGUCGUUCUCUUACAUGGCAUCACAUUUCAAUCAGUACCUUCAGUGAAUGAGAAAAUAAAGGGACACGUUUCCUUGAGAGCAGCACAUGAAUCUUUCUUCUUGGGAAUUAGGUUCAGUGAGGAUGAGACAUUUGAUUAUUUUGGAAUGAGUGUGGAAACCUGGAUUGGAUACUUUCUUUAAAUUUGGCUGUAGAGAUCUCAAAGCUCCAGAUGAGAAAAAGUGGUAGUAUGUAGUUGUGGAAAGGAGAAUAAACAAAUGUGGUUUACAGUUUUUCUUUAAUCCAGAUUUUAAUUACUAUAAUAAAUCACUUGAAUAUAAUUUGUUGAGGAACAAAAGAAUCUAUGAAAGUUACAACAAAUUUUUAACAGAAAGAUAACCACAGAGAGGUGUAGUGAAUACUAUGCGUUGUAGUCAAAGAAGAAGGUAAGAUUGCAACAUAUUUGUUGACAGUGCACUUAAAAUGGCAGGUUUUUUUCACUCUUGAACCUACCAUUCAUGUCAGGUGUGUAUCAGAUGUUUCACUGACUUUUUAGAAAAUAAACUUUUUUUUCACUAGA